UUAAAUACCGAGAGUGGGGUGGGGAGCGGAUAAUGUCGCAGCCCACCCAGUCCCUGAGAAGGGCGGAGCAGCCCAGCAGCUUGGCUGGAGCUGAUCUCGACUGUGGAGAGAGGAGCCGAGAUGCGAAAGGCAGAGGCCCGGCCACGUCAGCACGACCACCUCGGGGACACUGCAAGGGGACAAGGAGGAGGAGGCUCCCGCGGCGGCGGCGGCGCUCUUGGGGAGGAUCGGGCCGUCGGAGCGGCGCCCGCCAGAUCUAUGGAGAUCCCCGCGGGGCUGAUGCUGGAACCUUCCCUAUACACUGUCAAGGCAAUUUUCAUCUUGGACAGCUUUGGACAGCGACUUUUGGCCAAGUAUUAUGACGACACAUUUACAUCUAUGAAAGAACAGAAAAACUUUGAGAGAAAUGUCUUCAACAAAACCCACAAGACGGACAGUGAGAUUACUUUCUUAGAAGGACUGACCAUAGUCUAUAAAAGCAGCAUUGAUCUUUUCUUUUAUGUGGUGGGGAGUCCCCAUGAAAAUGAGUUGAUGCUGAUGUCGGUUCUCACCUGCCUCUUUGAAUCCCUCAACCACAUGCUUCGCAAGAACGUGGAGAAGCGAACCCUGGUGGAGAACAUGGACGGGGCAUUUCUUGUAGUGGAUGAGAUCGUUGAUGGCGGUGUGAUCCUGGAAAGUGAUCCUCAGCAAGUCAUCCAGAAGGUGAAUUUCAGGGUGGAUGACAGCCCUUUAUCCGAGCAUAGUGUCAGUCAGGCCAUCUUCUCCAAAUUAAGUCUGAUGGCAUAACAUAAAGGCCAAGAGGGAAAGGGGGUGGGUCUUUCACAGAUCUUCAUAACACGGUCCUAACUGCUGCUUCUUGUUUGCUGCAUUAAAGUAAGUAGCUGGCAUGAGGAAACUGAUCAUUUGGGUCUGUGUUGCUGUACAGCUGCUGCUAUUAGCUCCAACAGUGAACAUAACUCCCAUUUUAACCCAGGUGCUCUAAUGCAGAAAAUGUGGUCCAUGAUGACUGGAAGCACAUUUACAGCCGAGGAUCAGUUGUAUCAACUGCACAAAAGCCCGCCCCACAGUAGUAGGAAAAGAGCAUGGUAUCUUAGUAAUGCUGAGUUGACAUCUGCAAUUCUGGAUCCUGGUAAAAGAGAGGAAUAAAGGAGCAUGGCAGGAACAGAGGCUGUUUGGUUGCAGGGGCGUAACUAUAAUAAGGCAAGAAGAGACAGUUGUCUGGGGGCCCACUGCCUUGCAGGGUCCCCAGAGGCAAGUCACAUGACGGACUCCCCGAGCCGCGCACCCGCCCGGGCUUCCUUCAGUUGUAUUCAUCCUCCAAAAUUGAUGUGAGUGUUAAGACCUGGAGCUACCAGAACAGCAUAUCUUCCUCUAGUACCAUUAAAUGACUUGCAUCGUCCACAAUUUACAAAAAUAAUUUAGGAUGAUGUUCUAUUGUGGCACAUAGGUUAUAUCUAUAUCUAUAUCUAUGCUUUUUGUUACCACUAUUCAGCCUCAUUUAAGAUUUCUUUUCUUCAUGAGCUGAGCUUCAGUGAUGGGGGGCCCAUUUUAAAAUCUUGUCUCUGGGCCCACUCCAACCUUGCUACACUCCUGGUUGCCAGUCUGACACAUUUGGUCCUACUUACUGCUUUACACUUCGCUUUCCUCGUUUUUGCUAAUCCUGCUAAAUCUAACUGAUGCAUGGCUGCUUUCUUCAACACCCCUACCUCCAACUCCCCUCACGGGCAUAUUUUGGGUGGCAUAGAGGGCUUCCUGGGGAAGGGGAGGGCAUCAAAAACUGUCACUUCCUUGCUGUACUGCUGCAGGUAGUUGUAAAGUUCUGUUAGGCUGCUCUCUCGCUGCACUGGUGCAUCCUUACUCUGAAUAUCAGCCUGUAUGUUUAAAAAACAAAACAAGAGCUUCUUCCUGAAGUGGUCUCAGCCAAUCAGGAGCCUUGCAGGUAGUAUAAUAUAGGAUUAAGAUUUGGCUAUAUGACAAGUUUACAAAACCAAAUCAGAAUGAGAGCAGGAAGCAUUGCACUCACUCUUAACAGACUCCUUCAUAAUGCUGUUUCACCAAUCCGAUCUGGUUAUCUGAUAAUGUCACAAAGCCAGAUCAGGGUUAAUAUUUUCACCCUAAACCCCCCCCGCCCCCCCUCAAAACACACAAUCAUUGAAAUGGAAAAUUAUAUUUCACAGGAGGAAAAUGCACACACAGAGCAUUUAAGCUCAGCCCUAACCAGAUACGUAUAUUAGUUUUAUACCACUUUAACCAACAUGGCUUCCCUUACAGAAUCUUGGGAAUUGUAGUUUGAUGAAGGUGUUACAAAUUCUCCGUUGGAGAUUCCUAGCUCCCUUCACAGAACUACUUUCCCCAAGCUUCCUUGGGAAGGGGAAAGGAAUAUCAAACCUGUUUAAGUCUGCAUUAGCCCAGACUGGCACAAUUGUAGCCUUAACAACUGCAAUCGGUAGUUCCCCUAACCAACCCAAUGACUGCUAGUUGCCUAGCAACUGGAAUCUCACUUUGCCUGAGCCCAACAGAAUGGAUGGGAAGAAAGCAGGAGUUUGGGGUAGAGGCAAGGGGCUGGCUGUAUUGGGGUGAGACAGAAGAAAGAGAAGCUGGCAGUAGGGAAUGUGCUGCCUUCUGCAGGGUAAGUGCCUGGGUGAGGGCUCCCUUUGACCCUUGUAAAGGGAACCAAAAGACUGCAUGGAUAACUUGUGAUGAAGGUUUGCUAUUCAUUGGGGCCUGUUAAACUGGUGCUAUCUAGCUCUGCAUUCAGUAGUGUUUAACUCUGCAGAUGAUGCAUAAGAAUCAAUUUAUAUGGGUGAGAUCCAGCCAAAUGUAAGCACUUCCACUAAUUUUAGUGGAAGGAUGCUAAGCACAUCCGUGACUCUUCCACUGAAAUAAAGGGAAUUAAAUGGGCUUAACUUUGGCUGCAUCUCACUCUUGAUAAUUCCACUCCCAGAAUAAUCUCCAAUGUCAUUUUUAGAUGGGGAAGCCUCCCCCUUCACAAUGGCACCUUAUUACUACCAUCCAUAUUUCUUGCCUGGGGUUGGAAUGGGGGUCAGGAGGAGAUGAAUUGUGGGUCCAAGUGCUGCAGGAUGGCAAAGGCGGCUCACUCAGCUUGGCAAAGUAUUAAUCAAGGGCUUGUUUUCAAUGCAUUUUUAAAAGUAAGGGUAUGUAUAAUAUAAAUCAGUGUUUUUAUUUUAAAAAAUGUUUUGGUUCUGAUGGACUGUUCCCCAGUAACAAUCAAAAUACAGUGAUAUAUAUAAAAUUAACCAAUACAUUAAAAUAAAAGCUGGGGGUGGUGGUGGUGGUAUUGCAUUCAGGCACAGUGGGUUAGCUGUGCACUGCCCCCUUAGGCACAAUCCUAACUCUCAGGCACAAUUCCAGACUCCCCCCUUCCACUCUUUCCUUGGCCUCCGAGAAACUAUGUUGCAGGCCUGUGUUAGGAGCCCUGUAAGCUGGUUAAGUUACCAACACUUGUAUGCAGCCUAAAUUCCAUAAUCGGGUUUUAACAGGGAAAACUGUGGGAAAGUGGAGCUGUCAGAUGGGAGGGGAGUUAUUGACUUCUUCUUUUCUUCUUCUUCUUUUUGCCCAGCGUUGCAGAAAACCUGGGACUUCCCAAGAUCCUAAUUUCUUAUUCACUACUCUUUGCCAAAAGGCACCCCCUUCCUUGUCUAAAAGACACACAUGCCACCUAGUGUUCAGUAUGAUUAAAGCAAGCCCACCUGGUCAUCCAGCCUUGACACACUUCCAAAAUUUCAUUCCUUUUCUUAGGGCCCAAACCAAGGGUUUAAAAUGGAUCCAGAAUUCAUCAGGACUUCAACCCUGGAUCUUUCUUUUCCUUCAUAGCAGCAGGACAUGUGACAUUAGACAAACAGGAACACAAGAACAUAGGGAGAUGCCUUCUACCGAGUCAGACCACUAGCUCACUGUUGCCUACAUUUGACUGGCAGUGGCUUUCCAAGGUUUUAGGCACAAGCCUUUCCCCAUGUUGCCUGGAGAUGCCAGGCAUUGAACCUGCUUUGCAUGCAAAGCACAUGUUCUGCUACUGAACUAUGGCCCCAGAGUAUCAUUAGAGGAUCUCUGAGUUUAUGCACUUCCCCACAUUACUCAAUAAGUGCUCUCAGCAGCUAGGCAUUUGCAAUUGGAGGAAGGGCUUCCAAGUCAAAAGGCAUGACUUGUCAGCACAUUAGAGCCCCAACACUGGUUUUCAGAGAUUAAGCACUGGUUGUGUCACAUCACCAUGUUGCUGGGGUUAUUUGCUUUGCAGGCAUCCUUGGCAGUAUGCCUGUUCUCUACUUGUGGGGUACUGUGGUUAGGACUCUCUAGGACAUGUCAGCCCUCCAGUGGUUGGACUGCAACUCCCAUCAUACCUGGCCACAGUGGCCAGUAGUCAGGGAUGAUGGGAGUUAUAGUCCAACAGCUGAAAGAGGGCCAAAGUUGAGUAGCCCUGCUUUAGAAUUAUCUGUGGAAAUGGAGCAGAGUGGAGAGCUGGAUGGCCUCGUCUCAGUAUGGGGACUUUGUCUGGGUGACCUAUUGGUUCUUGCUGUCUCUACAGUUCACAAAUAUGAACACAGUGGCUUUUUCAGUAGACCUUAUAAACUACUACUACUAAUACUGUGAGCCUCAUCUUGUGAAUGCUUCCAUGCAUAUCCAGAUCAGGACUCUACAUAUCUAAAAGAAUAUCUAAAAAGUGGAUUGAACCAACACAUGACAAAAUUACAAUAUGGAUCUGUAUUUAACAGUUCACCAAGGCAAACAAGUCAAAAAGCAAUAAAACAAACAAAACCCAUUUAGGUUAACUUUAGUAUGGUUGAGCAAAUAGUUGCUUAUUGGAUGGUGGGAGAGGAGACAUGAAGCUGUUUGGGAAGAGGUGCAUCCUAGUCAGUUGGCAACAUACCUGAAAUAGAAAAAAUUAAUUGUUCUCAUUUUUCUCUCUCCUUUUCCCCCUUCACCUGUUAAUAGGUUCUGCAAUCUGCCAAAGAACAAAUUAAGUGGUCCUUAUUAAAAUAAAAUGUCCCAUAAAAAGAA